AUGGUCCACAGUCGGCGGUCGGAGGAGACGGACGAAUCGAAAUUGUUCAGUACCACGGGUCAGGAGGACAGUCGUGUCUCGUUCGCUCUUCACGACCUCACUGGGCCAGUUGUAAGCAGUCGUCAAGAAAGGGAAUUAAUGGAGUAUAUGGACGUCGAUAACCUCGACUUCGACGUGGCUAGACGUCAUGCUCCCAAGGAUAACGAACAAACCUACACUGGAACUAUACAAGACGUAAUUUUCUGCUCA